AUGGCCCGCUCCACGCUGCUCGAGAAUGGCACAGUCAUCUCUUUCGAUGACGCCAGCCAAUCCCUGAAAGUGCUCCACAACACAUCGAUGCUCGUGACCGGGACCCGCAUCGCCGCUAUAUUCGACAGCAACACCUCAAACCCACCCGACAUCCCGAAGGAUGUAGAAAGAGUAGACGCGACGAACAAGAUCAUCUCCCCCGGCUUCGUCGACACGCACCGCCAUGGCUGGCAAACGCAAUUCCGUACUCUAGCGCCCAACACGACGCUGGCCGAGUACUUCUACCGCUACGGGCAAUACACGCAGGCCAAAACCGUCUUCACGCCGUCGGACAUCUACUACGGCCAGCUGGCCGGCAUCUACGAAGCCCUCAACGCCGGCGUGACAUCCAUCCUCGAGCACGCGCACGGCACCUUCAGCCCCGAAGCAUCCGCCGCCUCGCUGCAGGCCUCGCUCGACAGCGGCGUGCGCAUGUGGUGGUGCUACGGCUUCAGCGCCUUCGACGACGCCGCCAUCGCCGACUUCCGCACGCAAGCCGCCUCGCACCCGUCGCUCGCCCUCAACCCGGACAGCCUGGUGCAGUACGGCAUGGCAUACGACGGCUGGGCCUCCGCGUCCGCCACCGAAAUCGACUCCGUCGUCGCGCUGGCCCGCGACCCGACCUGCAACGUCGCAGCCUUCACGACGCACACGAUCGGCGGCCCCUGGCACUUCGACAACGGGCCCGUCGCCCUCACCUCCAAAACCCCCGCGGCGGCGGACUUCGUCGCGUCCGCGCCCUUCCCCAUCGUCUUCUCGCACGGCUCGUUCCUCACGCCCGCGGAUGCCGCGUUGUUGAGGCAACACGACCGCCACGUCUCCAUCACGCCCGAGAGCGAGAUGCACUACGGCCACGACCACCCGGCCACCGCGCACGUCAUGGACCAGGCGGCGCUGGGCGUGGACACGCACUUCACCUUCUCGUCCGACAUCCUGACGCAGACGCGGCUGUGGCUGCAGACGACGCGCCGCGGCGCGUACCGCCGCACGCUGGAGGGGUGGGCGAUUCCGACGACGAAUCCGAUGAGCGUGCGGCAGGCGUUUCUGCUGGCGACGCGGAAUGGCGGGUUGGCGCUCAGGCGCGACGAUGUGGGGGUGGUGAAGACGGGCGCGGUGGCGGAUCUGGUGCUGUUUGAUGGCGGGAGCCCGAAUAUGCUGGGGUGGGCGGACGCGGUGGCGGCGGUGGUGUUGCAUGCGAAUGUGGGGGAUAUCAAGGACGUUAUGGUGGGGGGCGAGUGGCGGAAGAGGGAUGGGGUGUUGGUGACGAAGCAGGAUAGGAGGGAGGUCGAGGAGAAGUUUUUGGAGUCUGCGAAGCGCAUUCAGAAGAUCUGGAAGGAUACGCCGUUGCCGGUUGUCGAGGGCGAGUGGCGGCCUGGCAUCAGGUUUGAGAAGACGGAGGAGCAGAAUGUGGUGAGGGGGGAGGGGACGGGAUAUUGA